AUGGCGUCUCCGCGGUAUAGGUACCAACCCGUCCUUCCGAAUCAGAUCCGAGUGCUACACCUGCUGCCCGGAAUUGGCCGGGAGCCUCUAGCAGGGCAGCUGGAGCCUUUGACCCUGCCCGAACCGGACGCGGCCGAACCACUUCCCUUCGAAGCACUCUCGUACGUGUGGGGCGGCGAGACCAAGAGCCACGCGCUUGACGUAGCUGGCCAGAGCAUACCUGUUACUGUGUCUCUGCAAACCGCUCUUGUUCGGCUCCGCCAUGCAGAUCGCCGGCGAGUCAUCUGGGCCGACGCGAUCUGUAUCAACCAGGAUGACGUCUCGGAGAAGGAAGCCCAGGUCUCACUCAUGGGACGGAUCUUCAGCAGUGCCACGCAGGUCAUUGCGGACCUCGGAGACGCCUCGAACACGAGCGAUGCAGCACUUGAUCUGAUCGACAGGCACUGGCGUACGGUGCUGUGCAGUGGCGCUCUCACUGUCUUGUAUGGAUCUAGAACACCAGUCGAAACGGCCGCGAUCAUGAAUCUGCCACCAGAAGCCGUGGACAUGGCCUGGACAGACCAUGAGCUGCCGGGCCAGGAGUCACACGAGUGGGAAUCAAUCUGCGAGAUCAUACAGCGGCCUUGGUUUUCAAGAAUCUGGAUCGUGCAAGAAUUUGUGCUGGCACGUGAGGUCACCUUUCACUGCGGCACACGCGUGGCAGACUGGAGGCACCUGCUCGCUCUGUUCUUCGAUUUCAACAGUCCCUCAGCUUUCGAUGCCCUCGUUACGAGGUGGCAGAUUACGGCAUCGCAUACCGCCUUUAUCCAGAGGCACGAAAUGGUUUCGCGCAUAUUUCACAACAGAUGUAUCCGCCUGCUGCAAGCGAAACCCGCUGGACGCGCCUUUCUCAGCACCUUGCCACAAUUUUCUUCGGUGUGGACUCGGAGUAGCUGGGUUGACCUGCUCUAUUCGUAUCGUUACUUCAACUGCACCAUUGAACGAGACCGCUACUACGCAUUAGUGAGCAUGGCAUCAGAUCGAGACGUUGCCUUGCGACCAGAAUUGAGACCCGACUAUGUGACCGAGGACAACGACCUGCGGCUGGCCAUGGGAAAGCUCAUCCUCCAGUUGCCGGGUGGCGCCGAGGCGUUCAUGCACAGCGGGCUUCAAACCCAAACCAAUCCGCAAGUGCAAAGCUGGAUGCAGACCUUUGGUCGCAUGGGGAAUGCCACGACCUUUAGCCACAGCGACUUCGACCAGGCGAGCAAGGCAGCUGGAAACGACAGUAGUUUCUCCUUGUCAACGCUUCCAGGGAACCCCGGGACCAUCGCACUGAGGGGCUACCGGAUUGGCAACAUUGUCAAGAAAGCCGGGCAAGCACUGUUGGCCAAAGAAGAUGAAGCUCAGUCGGCGGAUGAGUUCAGGAAGGCGCGUCUAUCACAUUAUCUUGGCAGUGCACUGGACCUCUUCUCCGAGGAACUUCUCGAUCAAGCACCGUAUGUCUCGCCAUCCAAGCUUGACUGGUGGUCAUUAGAGGCCAUGGCCAAGGCAUUUGCCCUCAACCCUGAGCCCUCCGUUCCAACUGCUAUCGCUGUCGGUUUCGCAGUUGACACAAAAUUACUGACCCUGGGGCUAUUAUCUAUUGUUCACAGAGGAGCUGCCAUUGUCUGA